AGGCAGAAAAAAGAGGAAGUGGCCCGGAGGGAAGCAGUGGGCUGCCGAGGAGGCAGGAGGGCCUGCCCUGAGCCGGGGGAUGCAGUCUGUGACUGGAGCCCGGAUGGAUGCCAAGGCAGGGCCCCCAGAGCUGCUGGCUCCACUAUGCAGAACAGCAGAGGACCCCGAGUGGCCCUGCUCCAGACCACGCCGCAGCCCAUGCAGCAGAACCAGCACGGUGCUGGGGAUGCUGGCUGUGCUGGGGUUGGGCCUCGUGACUCUCACCUACCUCCUGUGGCAAGUGCCCCUUCCUCGCGCCUGGCACCAGCACCCCGAAGCAGUGUCCCCUGAGUCCUGGGAGGCCCUGGAAGGAGAGGCUGAGCAGCAGAGGGACUCCUGCCAGCUUGUCCUUGUGGAAAGCAUCCCUCAGGACCUGCCAUCUGCAGCUGGCAGCCCAUCCGCCCAGCCACUGGCCCAGGCCUGGCUGCAGCUGCUGGACACUGCCCAGGAGAGCAUCCAUGUGGCCUCAUACUACUGGUCCCUCACGGGGCCUGACAUCGGGGUCAAUGACUCGUCUUCCCAGCCGGGAGAGGCUAUUCUGCAGAAGCUGCAGCAGCUGCUGGACAAGGACAUCUCCCUGAUGGUGGCCACCAAUAGCCCAUCACUGACCAGGAAUUCCACCGACCUGCAGGUCCUGGCCGCCCACGGUGCCCAGGUGCGACAGGUGCCCAUGAGGCAGUUCACUGGGGGUGUCUUGCACUCCAAAUUCUGGGUUGUAGACGGGCGGCACAUCUACGUGGGCAGUGCCAACAUGGACUGGCGGUCCCUGACGCAGGUGAAGGAACUUGGAGCCAUUAUCUACAACUGCAGCCGCCUGGCCCAGGACCUGGAGAAAACUUUCCAGACGUACUGGGUACUGGGGGCACCCCAGGCUGUCCUCCCCAAAACCUGGCCUCAGAACUUCUCAUCCCACAUCAACCGCUUCCAGCCCCUCCGGUGCCACUUUGACGGAUUGCCCACCAUGGCCUACUUCUCGGCUUCGCCACCAGCCCUCUGCCCCAGAGGCCGCACCCAGGACCUGGAUGCAGUGCUGGCAGUGAUGGAGGGUGCCCGGGAGUUCAUCUUCGCCUCAGUGAUGGAGUACUUCCCCACCACGCGCUUCAGCCACCCUGCCAGGUACUGGCCAGUGCUGGACAAUGCACUGCGGGAAGCCGCCUUUGGCCGGCGUGUACGUGUGCGUCUGCUGGUCAGCUGUGGGCUCGGCACGGACCCCACCAUGUUCCCCUACCUGCGGUCCCUGCAGGCGAUCAGCAACCCCUCUGCUGGCAUCUCAGUGGACGUGAAAGUCUUCAUCGUGCCUGUGGGGAAUCACUCCAACAUCCCCUUCAGCCGGGUGAACCACAACAAAUUCCUGGUCACGGAGAAGGCAGCCUACAUAGGCACCUCCAACUGGUCGGAGGAUUACUUCAGCAGCACCUCGGGCGUGGGUCUGGUGGUCAGCCAGAGGGCCCCCGGUGCCCAGGCAGGGGUGCAGCCCGCACAGGAACAACUGCGGCGACUCUUUGAGCGUGACUGGAGUUCCCGCUAUGCUGUGGGCCUGGACGGACAAGCCCCAGGCCAGGACUGUGUCUGGCAGGGCUGAGGCCCAACCCCUUGGCUCCUGGUCCACAGCCCCCAGUGAACCCUGCUGUCCACCAGGCUGUUGAAGCUCAGAAAUUAUAAAUGCAAAAGAAUGUUA